AUGUCCACCCGCCUCGAGAACCUUGAUAGCGACCUCAAAUUCGGCGUCGCAUCCGCCCUUCUCGGUCUCCACCCUUCACAUACGUUUGUUCAGAAAUUUGAAGAGCUGCAGAAAGCGGGAUUUAGGUAUUGCGAGGUGUUGACGGCGGAUUAUAUUGGGUGGGUGAGGCAGCAGAAGCCGGAGCUACCCGAAUCCACCUGUCCCCCAGCAUGGGCCGAAUUCAGCGAACCAGACCCCUCCGACUCGGAGAUCUGGGCCGCCCUCUCCACCUUCGCUCCCAAAUUCACAGCCCUCGCCAACCAGUAUGGUCUCAAAGUCAUCGUGCUCCAGCCUUUGCCCCAUUUUGAAGGAUGGCCAGAGGGACAUGAGAGGGAGGAGUGGUCGAGGAGGAAGGCGGAAAGGUGGUUGGGGUUGUGUGCGGAGCUCGGGGUGGAGUUUUUACAGGUCGGUGCGAAUGAUAGGAAAGACGCUACUGCAGACGACGAAAAAACGGCUUCCGACAUGCGCUGGCUCGCAGACCUCGGCGCGAAACAAGACCCACCGGUCAAGAUUGCAUACGAAUGCUGGUGUUUUGGUGACCUGCGAGGCGACUGGGAGGACCAUCCAAACCUCGGACUCUGCCUCGACACCGCCCAACUCGCGCUCUCCCCAACAUACGGCUGGGACCCCCUCACCGGCAACGGCUGGUCCCUCCCCGAAUACACCUCCAUGCUCUCCCGCCUCCGCACCCUCCCCAAAGACAAGAUCUUCUACCUCGAGCUCUCCGACGUGCUCCAGCCCUCACCACCCCUUUAUGGGGGAUCCAAAUUCGACGAGUCAGCGAGGGAAGAUGAAAAGGGGUAUGGGAAGGGAAAGAAUGCAAGGGGGAAGUGGGUGUUUUAUGCAAGGCAUGUACCGCUUGUGGGGCCGAAUGGGGGGACAGGAGAGGGGGAUGGUGAGGAGGAGCGGGCGAGCGAGGUUGGGGAGAGUGACGCUGCGAGGGUGGUGGAGACGCUCAAGUCGAUAUUCAGCACUGGCUGGCGGGGAUACUGCAUGUUUGAGGCGUUUGAGAGUAUCUAUAUGGGGGCGGAUGAUCCGGGCGUGCCGAGGAGGUAUGCGCAGGCUUUCGAGAGCGCCGCUAUUUAG